CCAAACCGAAACCCAAACCCAACCCAAACCCAAACCCAAACCCAAACCCAAACCCAAACCCAAACCCGGACCCAAACCCAAACCCAAACCCAAACCCAAACCCAAACCCAAACCCAAACCCAAACCCAAACCCAAACCCAAACCCAAACCCAAACCCAAACCCAAACCCAAACCCAAACCCAAACCCAAACCCAAACCCAAACCCAAACCCAAACCCAAACCCAAACCCAAACCCAAACCCAAACCCAAACCCAAACCCAAACCCAAACCCAAACCCAAACCCAAACCCAAACCCAAACCCAAACCCAAACCCAAACCCAAACCCAAACCCAAACCCAAACCCAAACCCAAACCCAAACCCAAACCCAAACCCAAACCCAAACCCAAACCCAAACCCAAACCAGAUCUAAAAAUAGAAUUCUUCUAA